AUGGAGAACAUGGCGGCAGGAAACCAUUGCACAGUGUCUGAGUUCUUCUUGGCUGGGCUCUCAGAGAAACCAGAAUUCCAGAUGCCCCUCUUCCUCCUCUUCACUGGAAUCUAUGUGGUCACUGUAGCAGGGAAUCUGGGCAUGAUCACACUGAUUGUGUUCAGUUCCCACCUGCACAACCCCAUGUACUAUUUCCUCAGCAGUCUGUCCUUCAUUGACUUCUGUCAGUCCACUGUGGUUACUCCUAAAAUGUUGGUUGGCUUUUUGACAGAAAAGAACCUUAUCUCCUACACUGGAUGCAUGACUCAGAUCUAUUUAUUUACCAUUUUUGGUACUGCAGAGUGUUAUACAUUAGCUGCAAUGGCAUAUGAUCGCUAUGUUGCCAUAUGCAAUCCUUUGCUUUACAGUGUAACCAUGUCCUAUCAGGUUUACAGCUCCCUGAUUUCAGGAGUGUAUAUUAUUGGUGUGUUCUUUGCAUCAGUUCACAUAGGAUUCAUGACUAGGAUUUGGUUCUGCAAAUUAGAUGUUAUCAACCACUAUUUCUGUGAUUUUCUUCCCCUCUUGAAGCUUGCACGCUCUAAUACCUAUAUCAGUGAAUUUUUGAUUCUAGUUUUUGGUACAUUGAAUAUCUUUAUUCCAAUUCUCACAAUUAUUGCUUCUUACAUCUCAAUUGUUGCCAGUAUCCUCCGCAUUCACUCCACAGAAGGGAGGUCCAAAGCCUUCAGUACUUGUAGUUCUCACAUCUUGGCUGUUGUUAUCUUCUUCGGAUCAUUAGCAUUUAUGUAUCUGCAGCCUACAUCAGUCAACUCUACGGACCAAGGAAAAAUCUCCUCUGUGUUUUAUACUAUUGUUGUGCCCAUGCUAAACCCUAUCAUAUACAGUCUGAGAAAUAAGGAUGUCAAUGUGGCCUUGAAGAAAAUACUUGAAAGCAAAACAUUUUUGUAA